GAGUGCCAACAUGUUACUCGAUUGACGAUGGGACUCUUAUUCCUCGCAUCAGCUGGAUUUUACAUCGUCUUUAUCGUACUUUCUUCGUCAUCCAUCGACUGGAGAGGCUCAUACACUUGGUCUACCGUUGACAACAGCAUUGCUGUCGGCCACGAUUACUUUCUGUGGCGGAACGAUGGUUCAUGCCAUCUGUAUUUUGAAUUUGGAGGCCAUGUUUACCGGGACGAAAAUGAAACCGAAAACCUUACCUUAGCUGGAAUUGACGGCCAAAAGUCCGUCUGUCUCGAUCCAGGUCUGGCUCCGCCACCAGGGAUGUGUGUCGUCUAUUCAUUUGGCCUCUCAGAUGAUAGGUCUUUCGAAUCAGCCAUGGCUGAAUAUGGGUGCGAUGUCUACGCAUUCGAUCCGUCGUUUCAGUUUUCUAACAUGCCAAAUAAUUCACAACGCAUUAACUACUUCGACAUUGGCUUAGGAACAAUGAAUACCAAAAAUGAUUCUCGCGGGUGGAAGAUGGCUACGUUAACAUCCAUCCGUAAGUACUUGCUACACAGCUACCGGCCGAUUGACUACCUAAAAAUUGAUAUCGAAGGAGAGGAAUGGCACGUCUUGGACCACAUGUUGCAGGACGGCCGCAGCCUACGAUUUAUCAAACAGAUUGGCAUAGAAGUUCAUUUGUUGGAUUCCUACCGCCUCCACUACUACCGCAAUCUUACACAGCGACUUGAAGCCUCUGGAUAUGUCCGUUUCUUCUCACGGCAGAACCGCUGGAAGACAAAUGCUUACGAAUUGGCCUGGUUCAAUGUCAAUUAUUCUUCCAAAAGUCAGGUAGCAAUCCGUGCAGACGGUCGGAAGGAAGACGAUAUGAUGGUUAAUUACAAAUUUCCGCCUAUUGUAUAGC